CACAAUGUAUUCCUCCUGUACUACGUGGACACCUUUGUCUCUGUUUACAAGAUUGAUAAACUGUCCUUUUGGAUAGGAGAGUGUUUCUGAUCUGGAACAGCCUCAAUGACCCUCUGUUUGGCUGGCUGAGUGACCGAGUGUUCCUCAGCACACAGCAGUAAGUUAAGCUCAACUUCCAGCAGAGUCUGGGAAGUUGUUUAGUCUCUGGGAGAGAUGAUGUGAAAUUAGCAGCUUUAAAAUGAUGGUGUGGGAAUGGUUUCUGGGACAUGGAACUCUUAAAUACCUCCUUUUCUUGGCAUCUUUGAAGUUCAGUGCUCUUUGCAUGUUAUUUUAGUACCUGGCUGUAUAGAGGAAGUCACACAUCUGUCGGGUAGAUGUGACCCUAACCUUUAACAAUCACAAGUGGUACAGAACCUAAAAUACAGGUGUCUAAAAUGUCAAGCUCCUGCUAUAUGAGCAAGCCUCUUAGUGGGGUGUUGGAGAAUGUCUGUACAUGGUUUGGGAGACACAAGGAGGAAAAGGACAAUUAUUUCCACCUGGAAUGCCUCUGACCAAACUCCUUGGAUCAUGGAUCACUGGCCAUUAGCAUUUCUCAUGUGUUUAUAUCAGGCUCGUAAUGAAAAUUGUGGUGUGGCUUCCUGCAACUAGUAAAAACUUCAAGUGCUCAUUGAAACAAUUUAUAUUGUGCAAAGCACAGAUAGUGCAGUGCUAUCAGGAAGAGACUUGCUCUGGAGGAAAAAAAAAUCCCUUUCCUUCAUGCUUUUUGGCCUUCUUAAACCCGUAUUUUCAGUAAUUAGCUGAGAAGGUAUCUGAUGUGAGUGCUUGUUACAUAAGCAAAAGCUGUAUUUGUGUCUAUUCCACUUACACAGUUUCCUUGGGGAGGGAGAAUACAUGGUCAUGCAGGGUUUUGUCCAGGUGUCUAAAGUUUUUGUCUUCUGUUGCAGGCCAGGAGCAGAGAUUUCCUCCCCAGAAGUAGUUCUGAAGAGGCUCAGAGCACUAAGCCACAAUGGCCCCCUCUUUGCCAUCUCUUUCCUGGCUUUCUGGGUUGCCUGGGCUCAUCCUGGUUUGCAGUUCCUUCUUUGCCUUUGCAUGUAUGACAGCUUUCUCACCAUGGUCGACCUCCAUCACAACGCCUUGCUCGCAGAUCUGGCUGUUUCAGCAAAAGACAGGACUAGCCUCAACUUCUACUGCUCCCUCUUCAGUGCCAUAGGCUCCCUCUCUGUCUUCAUGUCCUAUGCAGUGUGGAACAAAGAGGACUUCUUUUCCUUUCGCAUAUUUUGCGUCGUGCUGGCCCUCUGCUCCAUCGUUGGUUUUACUCUGUCCACACAGCUGCUCCGCCAGCGGUUUGAGACUGAUGGGAAAGCAAAAUGGGACCAAGAAUCAACCCUAAAAGAGCUGUACAUUGAGAAACUCUCUGUCCCCCAGGAGAAAAGGAUCACCCUGGCAGAGUAUCUCCAGCAGCUCUCCCGGCAUCGCAACUUCCUUUGGUUUGUCUGCAUGAACCUUGUCCAGGUAGGUGCAGCAGUGGCAUGUUGUGAUUCAGAGGAUGAACACUGGCUCUGGCUGUUUGAGGUGGUGAUUCAGCAGUAUGUUUUUCACUGCCACUUUAACAGCAACUUCUUCCCUCUGUUCCUGGAGCACCUGCUGUCAGACCAGAUCUCUGUCUCUACUGGAUCCUUCCUGCUUGGUGUUUCCUACAUUGCCCCCCAUCUCAACAACCUCUACUUCCUGUCCCUCUGCCGCCGCUGUGGAGUUUACGCUGUGGUGCGAGGACUCUUCUUCCUGAAGCUGGCUCUCAGCAUUGUCAUGCUCCUGGCGGGACCUGAUCAGGUGUAUCUGCUCUGCAUCUUCAUUGCCAGCAACCGGGUGUUCACAGAAGGGACCUGUAAGUUGCUCAACCUGGUGGUGACUGACUUGGUGGAUGAGGAUCUAGUCCUGAACCGUAGGAAGCAGGCAGCCUCAGCGCUUCUCUUUGGGAUGGUGGCUCUGGUCACCAAGCCAGGCCAGACCUUUGCCCCCCUUAUCGGCACCUGGCUGCUCUGUGCAUACACAGGCUACGACAUCUUCCAGCGCAACCCCUUGAGCAAUGUGGUGAGUGCCCAGCCGAAGCUGGAGUCUGUCGCAGCUUUGGAGCCAACUCUUCGCCAGGGCUGCUUUUACCUCCUCGUCUUCAUACCCAUCUCGUGCGCAGUGCUGCAGCUCCUCAGCUGGUCGCAGUUCAGCUUGCAUGGGAAGCGUCUGCAGAUGGUGAAAGCUCAGCGCCAAAGCCUGACGCAAGGCCGAGCACCAGAGGUCAAAACGAUCUAGGGGUGCCUGAGCCCCUGGGGUGUUGCUGGUUCCAGGCUAGUGCAGGACUGCAGGCUAAGUGCAGGAAUGGUGGGCUGAGAAACCCUGAUGUUUACGGUUCAACUGUGAAAUGCUGUAAUGCCAAUGUUUACUCAUUCCAGGAGGUGGUCACUGGGGAAGGCAGAGAUGUUCAGCAUGUGAGGGGCCUGGGAUAGAUGACUUGGCCACAGGAGCGAGAACAUUUUAUCCUAGCCUGUCCUACGGAGCAGAGGGCUGCCCAUGCCAGGGGGAAGGCGCUGGGUUGCAGUGUGUGCUAGACAGACACAUCCCCAGUGCAGUCCUCUGCCCUGGGGAACUGCAGCCUCUGGCUGAGCAGGAGGGGACCGCACAGGGACUCCUUCUUUGCCAGAGCCCUGCAGCUUUGGGAAGUGGAGUGGGAGGCUCCUGAGGGACCAAGUGACUGAGGGGGCAAUUGCAGGACAGCAGGAGCAGGGAUGAGAGGACCCUGAAGGCCUUUCCCAGUAGUUGGUACAACACCUCCCACAUACAGCGCUGCAGUUCUUGGACCAAAUCCGCUCUUUGGCAUUUCUUAUUCCCAGGACAAUAUCCCGCACAGCCAGGGUCUGCCAGCUCUGCUUGUUUUACGGUGAGGCUCCCUCCUCUGUGGCCUUGC